ACUGGCAUGAUGAGAAGUCAAAGGAGGAGAUAGUUGUGGCAGAUGAUUAGAGGAAGGGGCCCGACUUGGCUACGGCGAUUUCAUGGACAGUGGUAAAUAUGUGCGCUAUACAAAUGAGCAGGUGGAGGCACUUGAGCGCGUGUACAAUGAGUGUCCAAAGCCAAGCUCGGCGCGCAGAUCUCAGCUCCUGCAGGAGUACCCAAUCUUGGCAAAUAUCGAGCCGAAACAAAUUAAAGUUUGGUUCCAAAAUCGACGAUGUCGAGAGAAGCAGAGGAAAGAGGCGACCAGGCUGAUCAAUAUGAACGCAAAACUAUCUGCUUUGAACAAAAUGCUGAUGGAGGAGAAUGAGCGGUUAAUGAAACAGACCACAGAACUUUCGAUGGAAGUGCAUGUACUGCGGCAAGAGCUCGCAAAGUACCGACCGCCGCCGCAAAGCAACGGAGAGAAUCUCGGACUCGGAGACCAGAUGGCAUCGGAUAUGGUGGGAGAGUUCCUUGGUAAGGCAACGGGAACUGCGGUCGAUUGGGCCAACAUGCCUGGGACCAAGAAUGGCCCUGACACAUUUGAGAUGGUAUUCAUUCUGCGUGGCGGUCCUGGCAUAGCUUCAAGGGUGUAUGGCUUGGUGCUGAUGGAACCUGCAAAGGUUGCAAGUGCCUUGAAGGACCGGUCGCAAUGGCUUAGGGAAUGCCGGAAGUCUGAAGUCCUCGGGGAAUUUAGGACAGACCAAGGAACGGUUGAGGUCGUUUAUACACAGAUCUGUGAGCGGUCGAUGAGUGGAGGGACGAACUUGGAGCCUGUGCCAGCCUUUGUCAGGGCGGAGAUGCACCCAAGUGGUUACUAUAUAAAGCCAUGCAAUGGAAAUAGCAUCAUUUAUAUAGUGGAUCAUGUUGAUCUAAAGCCUCUUUCUGUCCCAGAAGUAUUAAGACCACUAUACGAGUCCUCUGCGGCCUUGGCUCAGCGGCAAACCAUGGAGGCCUUGAGAUACUUGAGGCGGUUAGCGUCCGAUUCCAACCUGGACUCACCGAGAUCUAAUGGUCACCAAGCUCUGGCAUGGAGAGGCAUUGCUGAGAGGAUAGCCAGAGGGUUUAAUGAAGCUGUGAACGGAUUUCCAGACGACGGGUGGGUGCCUCUCAUGGGCGACGGCAUGGAUGACGUGAGCGUGGCCGCCCGACCUCUGAAUGGCCAGCGCCAUUCUGGUAGCAAUCCGGCCAUGAGCGGCAAUUCAGAAGCGCUGCGGGCCUCGGAAGGGGGAGUACUCUGUGCCAAAGCGUCGAUGCUACUCCAGGUGAGCAAAAGAUCGAAAAAAUGACAAACUUCUUAACUUCGCUAGUCUUUAUUUUCCAAAAAAGAGCAAAAGAAGAAAAGACGACAAGAAGUAAAAAAUAAAAAAUAUCGAACAUC